AUGACCAGCGCUCGCGAUACCACGUCGCAACUUCGUCAGACUCUCAAUCCGUUGCUGACGACAUCUCUGGGAGGCCACAACAAUCACUCGCAGACGCCGCAUUCCGCCGUAUCCAUUAGCUCAUACCAUACCUUUGGGCCCCUCACGCCGGCUAGUUCCGUACAGCCGUAUAACCCGCAGGAAUGGGCACCUUCCCCUGCGGUUGUUCCUGAGAGGACGCAUCAGUUUACUCCGCCUUCGUCUCUUCGGGACACCCAUGCUCCGCCGCCAUAUUCGCCCCCUCGGAGUCAGAGGCCAUCCAGUAUAGUCUAUGAGACACCGCCCGCAAACAUAUCGGCUGCGCGAGUACCUGCUUCGAGCAUCCAUCGACCCUCACCGGAUCCCCAAAACAACCAGAGCUUUCCACCACCACCCGGUACUCCUGGGCGCGGGCCGUCGCGCGAGAGGCGCUUCGGUCUGCCUUCACUUACUAGGCGAAGGGAACGAGAUCAAACCGAGUCCACGGUACUCCCUGACGCUCACCCUCCAUUACCUAGAGCCAGGCCACAGACACUCAUGAUCCAUGUGCCUCCUCAGGCCCCAGAAAUAAGUAACGCCGAUAUACCAAUUAUACCUCCUACUGCGCGAAGAGCGGUUUCCGCCAGUGCCAUCGAAACCCCAACGUCCGCUCGGUCUCGAUCGAUAACCCAGUCGAGAUGGGGAACCGGCAUGGCUCUUCCGCCCCCUCCUCCGGGCCCUCCACCUUCAUCACAAUCCAGAUCUCAGAGCCUGAACCGGACGACCGAUCCUGUUUUGUCUCCCCCCACAAGAAGGCCGCCUCCUGGCGGGGUGACUGCUCUUGGGCCUGUACCACCGACCCCAGCAGACUGGAUCGAUGAUGAACCUCAAACCAGUGGCGGAUCGCCUGAAAACCCUGGAUUGACGAUCGACACGACUAAUACUGUCAUUUCCCGUUCGCCAGCUGCCCCGGAGCCUUCUUCUGAUUCAAGUCCCUCCAGUGGUGGGCUCAGUAGGAAUGGGGCAGUUCGAGGCGAGAAAACACUGCGUGAAAGACGCAAUGACAGCCGAACACGACAUCAGAGAGCAGAUUCAACGACAGAUACCCAACAUUUAUCGAAUAUUGUAGUUCCUCAAGGUGCCAACUUGACCCGUCGGUUUUCUGUCCACCGAGGAACGCCAAGAAGCGGAGGGACGCCCAGAAUUGGUGAAGACAACACGGACUCGAGGCAUUCGACACCACGCCUGUCUGCUAGUCUCCACCCAGAGACGCCGACUCCUCUUUUUUCUCCCCACCCGCAGAAAGCACGCCCUGGUGUCGACUUAAGCCACUCCAUAGCCCCAAGGGCGCUUCCCACUCCACCACCUCAAAGCCGAUCAGCCUCGAGCUCCUCCAACAUCCGGCACGACUUGUACAGCUCGAUCAGCAGCCUUACUUCAGCGCCGACCUCCUGUCAGCCAUUGACGAAACAAGCUGUCGUAAGCCAAACGGCUGAACAGUUUUGUCUCGCAAGUAUCGAGCGCUAUCAAGUGUUUGCCGGAAAAGAAGCCUCCGCAAAGUCGGAUGCUGAUCGGGUCAAACUAUUUGCUGAUUUCAUCGUCAACGAGUCCAGACUAAGGCGUGAGAGGUAUACAUCGUCCAUAGGAGCCAUGGGCUCGGAAAUAUUUGACCUGACCCGCGAUUUGUUCCGCCCGAUGAAGGUACGGCGAGACUCGUCUACCUCGCAGUGCAGCGAGUGGACGCCCCAGAUGUCCGAGACGAAAUCCCACAGAAAUUCCUUGACCUCGGUGUUUCGCGACCAGAUACAAUCGAAUUCAGCGCCAGCGUCUGCCAACUUGCCACCGGACUCCCCCGUUAGUGGCUCGGCCAACGGGAACUGGACUUCAAAUCAGUAUAUGCCCUCGCUAUCACCGAUCCUCAGUAUGAGCGUGAGUGAAGCGCUAGAUGGAACAAGUUCUCGAGGCAGGCCAGCAAGUCGAUGGUGGGAGGCAGAGUCGGCCGGCGAGUCUUCCCGACUAGAGAGGACGAAACGCGAAUCGAAGUACAUGGGUGUGCCCAAGGAAGCAAGAGAGGCAUUACAAUGGCAGGACACACCUGGGAGCUCAGACAGCCACGCAGGCCCGAGCGACUGUUAUUCUGGGAACGAAUACCCUCCCGAGAAGACGGGAUGGCACGAGUCAGAGCACUCAAACACACCUCAACCAUUCCGUCAAUCGCUUAUAUCCCCCUUUGCCUCAUCCGCACCAAACACGCCAAGUCCAUCGCAUCUCGACAUUUCACGUCUAGUGACAUUGCCGCCACCAUACCCGCGUCACCAUCCCGCCGUAAACAACAACCAUCCAGAGCUGACAGAAAUACGCAUCCUCGUCAGGUCUGUCAGUGACGUGACCGAAGUACAGGCCACAAAGGAGCGCUUUGCCCAGGAGACUCAGAAGGCGCGUCACGACGCAGCGCAAGCAGCCUCUUCAAGACGGCAGUCUCUUCGCAAGAACCUGCAACAGGAAAUCAGCUCGGGGAACAUGUCUUAUGCCGAAGCGGGAGCUAUCGAGGCCGAUAGUCAAGAAACGGAAAAGGCGCAAGCUAAGGAGCUAGAAAGAAAGGAGUUCGAACGUUUCCAAAACGUGGUGAUUAUGCCACUCAAUGAACAGCUCACCGGUCGCAUUGCCCAGGCAACGUCGCUCUUCGACGAGCUGCGAUCGCGGCUGUUUGUGGAAACACAAGCUCCGAACCCGAACAUGCCUCAAGAGGAAGGAGACGAGCAGCCCGAGCUCCUCGAGAAACUAACUCUCCUCAAAUGGAUUUUCGAAGCGCGUGAGAUGCUGCACCGCGAGAUCUACGAUCUCCUGAGCGACCGGAAUGAUCGCUACAAGGAGAUGGUAAUCACUCCGUACCGACUUUCUGGCAACGAAGACAAGCUGCAAAACGCCGAAGCCUUCUUCGCCGAGGACGCCAGCAAGCGACGCGCGGCCUUCACCAACGAAGUUCUACAGCGCACUCGAGAAUUCCGUGGUGUCGUGGAGGAGAACGCGAUCCGCGGUGUCGACAUGCAGCUCAAUGCGUUCUGGGACAUCGCUCCACCGCUGAAGAGGCUGCUUGACAAGAUACCGGCCUCGCUCGACAACUUUCGCAUUCAAAUCCCGCCCUCCGAGUUCGAUGAGAACCCCGUCUACCACAAGCACCCUCUGCAGUACCUCUACAGCCUACUGAUGCACGCAGAAAAGAGCACGUACCAAUUCAUCGAGUCGCAGACUAACCUACUGUGCCUGCUGCACGAGGUCAAGGAGGCAGUCAUGGGCGCACGCGCAAAGGUCAGCGAGGCCGAGGGACGCGAUCCCCAUACCGUCGAGGAGGAGCGCAAGGGCGAGCAGCACAUGCUCACAGAUGAUCUCAAAGAGAAGGUCCGCGUCGUGCAGGACCAGUGGGAGAGCGCGAUCGGCGAUGGGAUGAGGGGCGUCAAGGAGAGGGUCGGCGAGUGGCUACUGUCGACUGGAGGCUGGGAUGAGAGCCUAGAGGAUCGCGGUGUCGGCGGAUCCUAG